AUAUGCCAAGGCAACUUUAGUACAGUAAGCCACAAUAAAGAUGGUGAAUUCUAUUGCAUUUCCUUGUCACAACAACUCGAGACAAUUCACGAAAUUAGCCAACUUCCCCAACUUUUCCCAAGUUGUGCAUUUACCAUGAUAUCAAAUAAAUUUCAUCACAACCCAAAUGAUCCCCCUCCCCUCCUCCCAAGCCUUGGAAUUUCUCUUGAGCAAACCUCCCCGAAUCAUGACUACUUACCAACUCCCAAAACUAGCCAGCCGCGUAUAUUGUGA